AUGCCUGGGGACGCACGCGCUUUAUACAAAGACGCCAAAGACUCCAAAAACAAUGGCGAAAGCCAAAACUCCUCUCCAAAAAAAAAAUGGCCGGUCCUGAUUAACCCAGCCGGCCAUACACCGCUCAGCUAUAGAGCGGAUGGUAAGAAGGUACCGGGCACUAACUACCAGGGACUGAUAUUGAAUUGGGUCAGAAAGGGCUACAUUGUGUUUGCAUACGAUCCCCCCGGGCAGGGCGAGCGCAGUCA